CAGAUUAUCCCUUUAGGUCAUGUGGAAAUGGAAAUCAGCAACAUUACAUCAGAUCAAGUUGAAGAAGCUAUAAAGCAGUUUUAUACAAGUGGCAAUGGAGGUCAAAGUCAGGUCCAUCAGUGGUUAACUGUGAUCCAAUUAUCACCUCAUGCUUGGCAAAUUGUGUGGGAUCUUCUUAGCCUUGACAAGCCCACUGAAGUGCAGUUCUUCUCUGCCAACACUCUUCAUGUGAAAGUAUCCAAAUUCUGGCGUGAAGUCCCGGAGGCGAAUCGAGAUGAACUCCAGUCAAAGCUCCUUUCUCUGUCUGUACAAUACUCUAGGGGACCCAAAGUUGUUCUUAAUAAACUUUUGCAAUCUGUUGCUGCCUUCCUUAUUCAUACGGUGGAAGGCCAUGAAAUCCAAAGAUGUGAAGAGAUCCUGGCUUCAGUUGCAUCAUUAGUGCCUCCUCCAAGCAACCUACUGUUGGAAAUCCUGACAUUGUUGCCUGAAGAGUUUCAGAACACAAGUUUCCUCCAAAAUCAGCGUGGGUUGGUGAGGAACUGUCUACUGAAGCUCUUUCCAAAAGUGUUGACUGUGGCGCAAGAUGCAUUGCUGUCAUCAUUGCCGGAGAGCGAAAUCCCUAUUUCUGCCCUCCGUUGCCUCCUUGCAUGGAUUCAGCUUGGGGUUUCCCUAGCAGAUAUUGAACCAUUGUUCCCUGCCAUCCUGGGGACUGUGCGACAACCCUCAAUGGCUGCAUCUGCUUUGGAAGUCCUCUCUUCCAUGCUCACUCAGGGAGAUUCCUCAAGGUACCCCCACGUGGUGCAGCGUAUGCUGGAGCAGCUGUUUGGAUUGGAGGAUUUUCUGCUUGAAGCUGAAGCACAAGAGGAUAUGGACCUCAUGUCAUCGAUCUAUGCCGUGUUCAUUGGCUUUGGCGAGUGUCACACCAAGCUCAUCCUUCAGUGGAUUGUGGAAGGAGGGCAUUCCAAAGAACUCGCACUCAAGCUGAUUCAUCUCAUUCUGAAGUGCACAGCCCUGCCGGGUCACUAUCCGGUGGAUGAAGUCUGCUCUGAGCAGGCCUUCACUUUUUGGUAUCUGCUGCAGGAUGAAAUCAUCGCUUCAAGUACCACUCCCGUGGGGAUGUUAGAGAUCCAGAAUGUCCUCUAUCCGAUCUACAAGACUCUCGUGGAAGUUCUUCUUACGAAAGGAGCCUACCCUGCUUAUGUGGACUCUUGGAAGGCAGACGAGAAGGAGAGCUUCCGCUGUUAUCGCCAGGAUGUGGGAGACACCCUUAUGUAUUGCUUCUCACUGUUGCACGAGAUAAUGCUGGAACUCUUGGAUGGGUUUCUGGAGAAAGUUGUAAGUGAAUACCAGCCAGAUCGGUGGCAGGCAUUAGAAUCGGUACUGCACGCGUAUUGCUCCAUUGCCGAUUGCAUCGACUCGGCUGACACGGUUGCCGUCCCCAAGUUCUUUCAUGUUGUGCCUGUGAUCCAAGAAACUGGAAACCGGGAAGUCAUCUCCACCACCCUCUCUGCCAUCGGGUCGUAUGCAGAGUGGAUGGUCGGCCAACCUUCCCUCGUCCCCAAAGUGUUACCCCUGGUCCUGAAUUCGAUUGCGGUGUCCCAACUGGCUGGUGCGGCUUCAGUUGCCCUGAAGGAACUGGCCAGAGACUGCCAGGAGCAUCUCACUCCCUUUGCUCCUCAGAUUCUGGAUGCUGUUCAGAAUGCACUAGGAAGCAGCGAGAUUCGUUCGCCAGAAAAGGUCCGAUUGAUGUACCCCACUGGUCGUGUCCUUUCCCUUCUGCCCUCAAAUCAGAUCCUCCAAUACCUCGAUACUCUCCUGUCCCCUUGCAUUGGGGAGCUCCAAGCUCUCACACAACUUGAGGCAUCCAUGGAAGUGAAAAACAACCUGGUUGUGUACCUGAAGAUGUUUGGGAUGCUCUGUUCCUGCCUGGACCUAAAUCCAGACAGUGAGGAGAAGAAGGCAGUGGUUCAAACCCCUGGUACAUGUCAGCCAGUUCUUCUCAUUGUUCAGCAGCUGAUGCCCACCCUUCGUCACAUCUCGCAGAACUGGUGCGGGAACUGUGAGAUCAUUGAGGGUGUCUGUUCUCUGCUGAAGCAGGCACUGUCAACACUUAAGGAUGACAGUGCUCCAAUGGUCUCAGACCUGGUCACCAUGGCUGUGAACAUGUAUCAGAUGUUCCCUCAUCCCACCAUCCUGGAGCUUGGGAAGCAGCUAAUUGUGAUGUAUGGAGGCGAGAUACAGCACUCUGGGGCCUUAGGCUCUUUCUUUCAUCAAGUGUGUUCGUCUACACUGCGCCUCUGUGAUGACAACCGGUUUCGGGAACAGACUGACACGAUGGAAGCAUUCCUGUCUCUCCUCGCACAUGCGCUGAAGAAACAUCCCAAAUACCUCACACAUCCUUCAUUGAAUCUCAAUGAGGUCUUUCAGCUCGGUGUGAUUGCCCUGGGAAUGCCAGAAACACCAACAGCCAAGGCAGCUGCCUCCUUUCUCUCACAUUUCAUCCAUCGAAGUCGGGAUCUUGAGCCUCUUCUAUCUGUGAUGAAUGCCCAGGGGGAAUUCCUUGUCCACCAUACCCUUCGCUUCAUUGGUGGAGAGUCUCCUCGUGCAAACUCAGACUGCAUGACCGAUGUCUUGCUGGCCCUGAACAAGAAAUUCACAGACAGCCUGUCCCGAUGGCUUGCAGCAUCCCUGUCCCAAGAUGGAUUCCCAACACCAAGGGUCUCUCCUCAGCAGAAGGAGAACUUCUGCAAGAGCAUCCUUCGGGAAAGAACCAACAAGAGAAAACUGGGUGAACUGGUGAGAGAGUUUGCUCUAGUCUGUCGGGGUCUGGUCAGCACAGAGUAUGGAGGUCAGAGCAUCCCACUCCCUACCAUCACUGAAAACCAUGCCCCUCAUGUGAUGAUACCUCUGGAUUUCCCCUGAAUCAAGUGUCUGUCCCAUAAUUUUUCUUAUUCACAAUACAUCUGAGUCUCAUGUUCCUAGCCCACCCUCCACAAAAAUGAUUGCAUCUGGCAUGAACUUGCAAUUUAAAGGUAUAUAUUCAUAUUUUGCUACAUUUUCCUGUGGCUGCCUUGGAGCUUCUAUGUCCUUUACACUCAGUAUAAGUAGUCAGUACGUCAGUUUUUAUGUCUCCAUCCAGGAUUGUCAAUUGUCACCAGUUUUUUGACCUUGUGAUUCAUAGAGAUGGAUUGAAAUGGAUCUUUCCUGCAGAAUUUAUCUACAAGGUUUCUGUUUCUGACUUUUUGCUGAGGCACACAGCAGCCAUGGUGGUUUAGUAUGUUCCAAGGCUUUACAGCAUACUGAAAGUGCAGUGGGAAUUCCUAUGUUGCUUUCAGUAUGCCAAUAGUGUUUGAAAAAGUGAAAAUACAAG